UCAUGCUGCUGCCAGGUCCAGAGUCUCUCAUGGGUCCCUGUACGGCCUCCCAUUGCUGCUGUCUCCAUCGCCACACUCUGCCAUGUGCCACUUUCAGGUCUCCUCACACUGCUGGUGUGUUCCAUUUUUUGUCAUAGGGUGCUGGCAGAUUACGGGCCUCCCAUAGCUGCUGCCAGGCCCCUAAUCUGCCAUGGGCCCCUAUACGCCUCCUCCUCAUGCUGCUGCCAAGUCCAGAGUCUGUCAUGGGUCCCUGUACGGCCUCCCAUUGCUGCUGUCUCCAUCGCCACACUCUGCCAUGUGCCACUUUCAGGUCUCCUCACACUGCUGGUGUGUUGAAUUUUUUGAC